GUCUGGUUCCGGGAUGCAGUGACAGGCCGCCUUCUUGCUGUCGCUGCCUCCACGUGACUCGGUGGUUGGUGGAGCAGUAGGUAGAGGUGGGUGAGGGAUGCUGCCCGGCGUGCCAUGCUGUUCAACUCCUUGUUGAAGCUCGUCCAGAGACAGACCUAUACCUGUCUAUCCCACAGGUAUGGGCUGUACCUCUGCUUCGGAGGUAUGGUCCUGAUGAUCGUCUCCGCCCUGCAGUUUGGAGAGGUAGUUUUAGAGUGGAGUCGAGACCAGUAUCAUGUCUUGUUCGAUACCUACAGGGACAACAUUGCUGGAAAGUCCUUUCAAAAUAGGCUCUGUCUUCCUAUGCCUAUUGAUGUGGUGUACACCUGGGUGAAUGGCUCAGAUCCAGAACUGGUAAAGCAACUAAGAGGGUAUCGGGAACAGAUGGAGGAAGACCAGAGGGUUUUAAGGGAAAUUCUUGGAAGAAACAAAACAGAGCCAACAAAGAAAAGUUCUAGUGAUAAGGAAUUGGAGUGCCUGUUGACUCAUUGCAUCAGAGUCCCAAUGCUGGUCGUGGAUCCAUCUCUUCCUGCAAACAUCACGCUAAAGAACCUGCAAACAUCCAAACCAUACUUUCAAUCUGCCACUAAAGUAUUUCAUGUCGCAAAGCCAAAGAACCCAUCUACAAACGUUACAGUGAUUGUGUUUGAGACACAUGAGGAAGCCGAAACUGCACAGUUUAAUGCUAUAUUGGAAAGUAGCAAGGAAACCAUUUGGAGAGGAUACAUGACCACAGAUAAAGAAGCGCCUGGCUUAGUGUUAAUGCAAGACCUGGCAUUCCUCAGUGGAUUCCCAGCAUCACUGAAAGAGACGGAGCAAUUAAGAGCUAAACUUCCUGAAAAUUUGUCAUCCAAAAUUAAACUGUUACAGCUGUAUUCCGAGGCAAGUGUGGCGCUUCUGCAGCUCAAUAACCCCAAGGAUUUCCAAGAACUACAUAUACAAUCAAAAAAGAAUAUGACUAUAGAGGGAAAAGAGCUAAGUUUAAGCCCAGCAUACUUUCUUUGGGAUCUGAGUGCUGUCAGCCAGCUAAGGCAAGAUGAAGACAUUUCAGCAAGUCGUUUUGAGGAUAAUGAAGAACUCCGGUACUCUCUGAGGUCUAUUGAGAAGUAUGCACCCUGGGUGCGGAAUAUUUUCAUUGUAACGAACGGACAGAUUCCGUCUUGGCUGAAUCUGGAUAAUCCACGCGUCACUGUUAUAACUCAUCACGAUAUUUUCCUAAACACAAGCCACUUACCCACAUUCAGCUCUCCUGCUAUUGAAUGCCACAUCCACCGAAUAGCUGGGCUUUCUCAGAAAUUCAUAUACAUGAAUGAUGAUGUGAUGUUUGGAACACGUGUCUGGCCUGAUGACUUUUAUAGUCAUUCAAAGGGACAAAAGGUUUACUUGACUUGGCCAGUUCCUAACUGUGCGGAGGGUUGUCCAGGAUCUUGGAUUAAGGAUGGCUACUGUGACAAAUCGUGUAAUAAUUCAGCAUGUGACUGGGACGGUGGUGAUUGCCUUGGAAACUCAGCAGCCGGACGCUUUGGCCCUGCCAUAGGUGGCGGCGGCUCACUGAACGGACAUCCUUGGCAACCUGGAGUGGGAAUAACUGGUGUUUCCUACUGUAACCAGGGAUGUGCCAACUCCUGGCUUGCGGACAAAUUCUGUGACCAGGCUUGCAAUGUUCUGAGCUGUGGGUUUGAUGCUGGAGACUGUGGACAAGAUCAUUUUGGUGAGAUGUACAGGAUAAACUUAUUGCUUAAUCAAACUCACUAUCUUGUUCCAAAAGGAGAAUGUUUUCCUUUCUUCAGUUUUUCGAGUGUAGCAAAAAAAGUGGUUGACGGUGUUUAUGAUGAUAAUCCCAUUGUCCGUCAUGCUUCUAUAGCCAACAAGUGGAAAACAAUUCACUUGAUCAUGUAUUCUGGAAUGAAUGCAACCGUUGUUCAUUUCAACCUCACUUUCCAAGAUCAAAAUGACAAAGAGUUUAAGAUGCAGAUUUUUGUUGCUGUGGACACCACAGAGCAACCAAAAAGGAACAUAACAUCUGUACCUAGGGAAAAGGAUGUUGUCCAUUCAACACCCCCACCAGAAGCAGAGGUCCUGUUUGAAGAUAUUCCUGAAGAAAAGCGCUUUCCACAGCUGAAGAAACAUUCUUCUGCCAAAAGCAAUCACCUAAAUGCUGCAAUCCCCAGUGUCAAUGUUUCACAUCUUCCUAACAAUGUGCAGCUUGCACUUCAUGAGCUUGACCAGAAGCUGAAAAAUGGGGACAUCACAUUAAAAGGAUAUAAUUUGUCCAAGGUGGCCCUGCUUACCCAUGGAGAUACUGGCCUAAAACAGGAUGGCAAACAGGCACAAAACUGGUGGCAGCUACCCAAGGAUUUGGCACAAGUCCAAGCGGGGGGAAUACAGGAGUCUAAAGAAGCCGGUCUUUUGCAGGCAGUAGACUUACAAAAGAAUAAAUUACAAUUUGAAAAAAAGGGACCUACGCAUAACUCAAAACCUAAACCAAACGAAGAUGUGUUUGUCCAAGAAAAUCAAAAAGUUACCAAUAAAAAUGCAUCUGCUUUCAAUAGAUUAGGUGGCUUAGGUCCAGAGACAUCCAAGCACCCAAAAGACAAUGUUGGGGAGAAUGGCAUUGUCCCAGGGAGGAAACUGCAGCAAUAUCAGCCACACUAUGAAGGGUUUUUACCUUGGGAAAAAAAGAAGUAUUUUAAAGACCUUCUUGAUGAACAAGCUCUUUUGCUGAGUGACCUCUCUUACAUCACCAAUGGCAGGAAAAUUGGCAGGAAACUUCAAGACACAUUUGCGGACUCCCUCCGUUAUGUAAAUAAGCUCCUAAAUAGUAAAUUUGGCUUUACAUCUCGGAAAGUGCCUGCUCACAUGCCACACAUGAUUGACCGCCUGGUCAUGCAGGAUCUGCAGGAUUUGUAUCCAGCUGAGUUUGACAUGACAUCUGCCCAUAAAGUCCGUCACUCACAAGACAUGCAGUUUGCCUUUUCUUUCUUCUAUUAUCUGAUGAGUGCUAUACAGCCACUAAAUGUUUCCCAAGUUUUUGAUGACAUCGACACUGACGGCUCAGGAGUGUUGUCUGACAGAGAAAUUCGCACAUUGGCUACAAGAGUUCACCAGUUACCUUUAAGUCUGCAGGAUCUCACUGGCUUGGAACAUAUCCUUAUCAAUUGCUCAAGAACAAUACAGCUUAAUAGUACACAGGAGGGAAUUGCUCCAUCUACUCAAGAGUCCUAUUAUGAUCCAAACCUGCCUCCAGUUACCAAACAACUCGUAAUCAAUUGUAAACCCAUUACCGAGCUUAUACGUAAAACUUACAAGGACAAAAAUAAAUACAGGUUUGAAAUUAUGGGCGAGGAAGACAUAGCGUUUAAAAUGAUUCGUACCAAUGUCUCCCACGUAGUUGGCCAGUUAGAUGAUAUCAGGAAAAAUCCCAGGAAAUUUAUUUGCCUGAAUGAUAAUAUCAACCAUAAUCACAAGGAUGCACAAACUGUGAAAGCAGUUCUGAGAGACUUCUACGAAUCCAUGUUUCCCAUUCCCUCUCAGUUCGAGCUACCAAGAGAAUAUCGGAACCGCUUCCUCCAUAUGCACGAGCUGCAUGAAUGGAGAAGCUACAGAGACAAGCUGAAAUUUUGGACACACUGUGUUUUGGGAACUUUGAUUGUAUUUACAGUCAUUUCGUUUUUUGCUGAGCAGCUGAUUGCACUAAAAAGAAAGAUAUUUCCUCGCCGUAGAAUACAGAUGGAAAUUAGCACAGAAAGAAGUAAAGUGUAAUGGAGAAGUGAUUUGAUAUUAGACUACCUCAGUUCUGGAGGAAACAGAACCAGAAGACAGUCACACAAGGCCUUUGGGAAAGGGCCACACAUCCAAAGUCAAAAGAACCCGAUGGAAACUGCAAGCGCAUGACCCAUGCUUUCUGAGUGAUAUUUCAUAGAGAUAACAUCCAUCAAACCACAUUCUCCAGGAUUUAAGAGCUGCGUCUGAAUGCAAUAUGUCUCUGGUAUUGCAAUAUGUGAGAACCAAUCUACACUGGAACAGAGUCGCCAUUGAGCAUGUGACAUUUCAGAUACAAAGCUUCUGUCCUUCUUUGGGGGUGCCCCUGACAUUGGCAGCCUGUAUGCGCUCCCGUAUGGAAACAGAUUAUCUCCUCACCCAUCUGGUGGAUGAACCGCUCUGUUUACUGCCUUUUGUAUA